AUGGGAUGUUCUCAUUCAAAGCUAGACGACGAAGAAGCUGUUCAGAUCUGUAAAGACAGGAAACGAUUCAUCAAACAAGCGAUAGAUCACAGAACCAAGUUCGCUUCAGGCCACAUUGCUUACAUCCAGUCACUUCGAAAAGUCUCUGACGCUCUCCAUGACUUUGUCCAAGGAGACGACAACUACAAGCCUCACGAGUUUGUUCCGAGUCAUCAUCACCACGACUCGUUCGUCACUCCGGUUAAGAGAAGACCACCGAACCGCCGCCGCAACAGCCGGAGCAGCAGCGGCGGCGAGUUCAUAACGAUUUCGCCUUCCUCGAUGCCUCCACAUCCUGCUAAAAUGAUUCAAGAUAAGCCGAGAUCGAAGGUGAGAGCGAGUUACUUAAUGGCUAACCGAAGCAAACCGGUUCGCGUGGAACAGAGAUCUGCUGAAACGUUUCGUGUUGAGUCAUUCUCACCUCCGAGUCAACAACAGUACGGAGGAGAAGGAGAUGGUUUCUUUGGGAUGAACAUGAAUAUGAACAUGAACACUUCUGCAGCAUCUUCUUCUUCGUUUUGGAAUCCGUUGAGCUCUUCUCCUGAGCAGAGAUUAAGCAGUAGUACUAGUCAUAACAUUCCUCCUCCUUCUCCGCAGAAUUCUCAGUGGGACUUCUUCUGGAAUCCAUUCUCUUCCUUAGAUUAUUACGGAUACAAUAACAGUUAUGAUAGAGGAAGUAGUGUUGAUAACCGGAGUGGUGGUGUAAUAAUGGAUGAUGAGAUUAGAGGUCUGAGACGUGUUCGUGAGGAAGAAGGGAUUCCAGAUUUGGAAGAAGAUGAGCCUAUUGAACAACCUCAGCCUGUGAGGUUUCAGAAUCAUAAUCAAGAAAGUAAAGGUAAAGUCGAUAAGAGCUGUUGCAAGGAGGAAGUGAAAGUUGAAGAUGUUGAUGAUGAUGAUGAUGAGGAGGAGGAGGAGGAUGAGGAUGAGGAUGGAGAGUUUACGGAUAGUGGUUGUGAAAGUGAGAACGAAGGAGGAGGAGAUGAGAAAGGCGUUGGGAGGCAAGAGCAAGAAGAGAGAAGUGUUGAGGUGCCAAGAGUAGAGACUAGAGGGAAUGUUGCUGUUGGAGUUGAGAAGAGUGUUCAAGAGAUGAAGAAUGUUGUUGAUGUUGCCAAAAGAGAGACGCCUCAUGGUUUCACUGUUUAUGUCAACAGAAGACCAACGAGCAUGGCAGAGGUGAUCAAAGAUCUUGAAGAUCAGUUCACAACUAUUUGCGACGCGGCUAAAGAAGUCUCGGGGCUGUUAGAAGCUAGUAGAGCUCAGUACGCACCAUCCUCUAAUGAUCAUAGUGCAAUGAAAAUGCUGAAUCCAGUGGCUUUGUUCCGUUCGGGAUCAUCAAGAUCUUCAUCUGCAAGAUUCUUGAUCACUUCCUCUGGUGGUGGUUCGAAGGAGAGUGGGUCUGAGAGCAGAAGCGAUGUUUCAGAGGAGUCUUGCAUGAUUUCAGGUAGCCACCAAACGACAUUGGACAGGCUUUUCGCGUGGGAGAAGAAACUCUACGAUGAAGUUAAAUCUGGAGAACGUGUUCGAAGAGCGUAUGAGAAGAAAUGUAUGCAGCUGAGGAAUCAAGACGUUAAAGGAGAUGAUCCGUUUUCAGUUGAUAAAACAAGAGCUACACUCAGAGACCUUGAUACUCAGAUUAAGGUCUCUAUACACUCGAUUGAGUCUAUCUCCAAAAGGAUUGAGACUCUUCGUGAUCAAGAACUGUUGCCUCAGCUUCUCGAGCUUGUUCAAGGGUUAACAAAGAUGUGGCAAGUGAUGGCAGAGAGUCAUCAGAUACAGAAACGAACACUAGACGAAGCCAAAAUGUUACUCGCAGGGACACCUGUUUCAAAGCGGCACAAGAAGAGACAGCCUCAGAUAAUGCCAGAGGCCAUCAACUCUCAAAGAUUAGCUCAAUCUGCAUUGAACCUUGAAGCUCAGCUACGAAACUGGAGAGCCUGUUUCGAGUUCUGGAUCACGUCUCAAAGAUCCUACAUGACAGCAUUAUCCGGUUGGCUUCUCAGAUGUUUCAGAUGUGAUCCUGACCCUGAGAAAGUUAGACUAUCCUCAUGUCCUCACCCUAUAUACAGAGUCUGCAUCCAGUGGUCAAGGUUACUUAAGAGUUUGAACGAGAAGCCGGUUCUUGACAAACUAGACUUCUUUGCCUCAGGGAUGGGUUCAAUCUACGCAAGACAGGUUAGGGAAGAUCCGAACUGGAGCGGAAGCGGGUCAAGAAGAUAUUCCGGGUCUGAAAGCAUGGACCUUGUGGUGGCUGAUAGUGUAGAAGAAGAUGUUGUCAUGACUGCUGAGAAACUUGCAGAGGUUGCUGUUAAAGUUCUCUGCCAUGGAAUGUCUGUUGCAGUGAGUUCACUGGCUGAGUUUGCUAUCAACUCGGCCGAUGAACACUUGAAGCUCGUUAACCAACCGGAGGACGCCUCGCCGGAGCAACGUCCUGAUGUAAAUCUGAAUUCCUAA